AUGAGCGGGGCACCUUCGAGCCAGCGCGGAGCGCAUCUAGGUCCGAUGGGCCACCCCGCUCCUGCUCGGAGUGGACAUCCUGAACAUGGUGAAGACAGUCACCAUUUGUCAAUAAGUCAACUUGUACAGACGACUAGGGACCUCUCUAUGGACGGCAUAGGUGCUUAUUCUGGACUGGGAGGAACAGGCAGCGCAGCCCUCAACAUUCUCGUCAAGAGAGAGCAGCAACAGAAAGGGCAACGAGAAUGGGAAAAAAGAGAAGUGGCCCGUCAGCACGAGGAGUCGAGAUAUCGCGCGGCAAAUGGGUCGAUGAAAGGAUACGCUCCGGGUCUUUUACCACAAUACGAAGAAUUGAAUUACCGGGGGCGGGAGGAGCCGUACAAAGUGCCUACGCCCCAAGAAAUGGAAGAACGCAAACGGCAGGAAGAAGCAAAAGCGGUUGCAUACGAGAAGCAACAACGGCUGUCUGCUGGGCCUGCAGAAGGAAGAGGGAGGAAGGCCGUUGUUCUGGAGAAAGUCCAAAGUGUUCACAGUGCAUCAAGGGCGACAUCAAGUGAUGCUAUUACGGCAACCAGAAAGUUUCCAGUGGGCGAGCGUGUGAACAAAUGCCGGCGCGAUAGGAGUAGAUGUAGUGGUCACAGUCCAUGUGCAGUGAGAGAAGAAAAUCCGACUGUAAUGGUGGCUCUCCAUGUCAAGUUUGUAUUAGGUGCAAGGUGCCCAUGGAGUUCAAACGCACGCCAAAGAGAGGAUAUGAGAAUUUUGGUGUUAAAUAUUCAAACCCGCCUAUUCACGCCGGAGGCUGGCUCGCGUCGCAAAGUGGAAUGGAAACGUUUGGAGGUGGGGGCGAAGGUGGAAGCAGAGCCUACAGCCGACGCGAUCAUCUGCAGAAGUUCGCAAACCAGGGGACACCCCAGGUUGGAUCGCAAUAAGGCACGACGGCGGCCUGUACAUUCUGAUUGGAUUAUUCGUCCCGAGGGGGUAAUACCUCCUUUUGCUCCUCCGCCCGACACGGGGCGGGUGCGGGUUGCCUACCAUUUACGGAACAAUGCGUGGGUUUACGAGCCCCUGGAGCGUGAUAGGGUACCAGGAAGGGCGAUUGGUGCAAACGGUUCCGGGGAUUGGGCUUAUGACCCCGACUUUGCAGGCGGAACUUAUAGAGACGAAGCACCUGGCGGAGGAAUAGUGACUCCAGGCGCGGGGUCCGCAGGUUAUGGACAUGGCCAGAGACCGCUUGAGGGAGGCCUUCUGGGAGCGGAAAUCCAGGACACAGUGAAGCAGGCAGUGGUGUUGGCGGGGGAAGCGAAAGCACGAGAAGACGAAGGCCUUCUGAUGAUGGAAAGUCGGCGGGAGACAAAGUUUCCAAACGUCGUCAUUGAACAAGCAAAGUUGUACACGAGUUGA